GAUAAAUAAAAUGUCAUAACGCUUAUCAGUUUGACAUUGAUUGAUAAGCGGCGAGCUCGGUGAUUGUUUGUUUACUUCUCAUUUUCACGGCAUUAUAAAUUAAAAUGUUGGCAAAAAGAAGAAACUUUCUACAAAAAGCUGCUCUAAAAGGAUGCAGAUGCUGUUCUGAAAUAUUUCCUAUCACCGAAACGAAGAUAAUUCGUAAGAAAAAGCCAAAUAAGUCGGAUAACCUCAACAGUGAAAAAGUUUUAGAAGUUAAAAAUGUUUCCAAAGAAUUUCGAGUCAAUGAAGUGAAUAUUCAAAUGAUAUCUAAAAACAUUUAUGAGCAGCUUUUUACAAGUGCUAGUCCAGCUUUAGAUGCUAAGACGAUUGAAAGUUGCCAGAACAAUCUCUUAAAGCAUGGUAUCAACUACAAAGAACACAGUCACAUGCCCGACGUGGAGAUAAAGCUGCCGAAGCUAGAAGGAAAGGAUGUGGUGGAGCAUUUCUACAACAUUGGUGAGAGGCAGAGCGCUCCAUAUAGGGAGCUGUUAAGAAAACUGGCUAGUAGCAAACUGCCUCCAAUGCCAAAGAAAUGGUCAAGAGCAUUCGGAUGGAGUAAGUAUGUGGGUGAUGUGGCACAUCCGGUGCCUUGUCCCCCGGAUGAUGCGCUGGUGUUUGAUGUGGAGGUCCUGAUGAGUGCGGGGAAGAGGCCCACGCUGGCCUGUGCUGUAUCCACUGAUGCCUGGUAUGGCUGGGUCAGUGAACCACUAGCCAAUGGAGAUCCUCACACACACUUCAGUAACGUCAACUACCAUGACUUGAUACCCUUGGAGACAGACGGCAUGAAGCCGUGUGGAGACUUGCAGAGACCCAGGAUAGUGAUAGGCCAUAAUGUGUCUUAUGAUAGGGCGAAAAUCAAAGAGCAGUAUUGGCUGCAAAAAACAGGAGUUCGCUUCAUGGAUACUAUGUCGAUGCAUACUUGCGUGAGUGGCGUCACGAGUUACCAGCGGACCGUCCUCAAAGCCCGUAACAAAGAACCGCAUCCCAGCGACGACGACUGGAUCGAAAUCAGUGCUUUAAACAAUCUCAGCGAGGUCCACAAACUGUACUGCGGCUCGCCCAUCGAUAAACAAACCCGGGACGUCUUUGUGGAAGGCACGAUGGACGACGUGCACGAAAGCUUCCAGGAUCUGAUGCGGUACUGCGCGGGAGACGUGGUGGCGACGCACAGCGUCCUGAGGGAACUUCUCCCACUUNUCCCGCUGUUCCUGGAGCGAUUCCCGCACCCGGUCACCUUGGCAGGGAUGCUGGAGUUAGGAUCAGCCUAUCUUCCAGUGAACUCCAACUGGCUUCAAUACAUCGACGCAGCAGAAACCGUCUUCGAAGACUUGAAGUUAGAAUCUCGACAACUGCUAUCCCAAAAGGCGGAUGAAGCUUGUCACAUGAUGGCGAAUGACGCUUACAAAAAAGAUCUUUGGAUGUGGGACCAGGAUUGGUCGACGCAAAAGCUGAAAUUAAAAAAGAUUGCUAAAAAGAAAAAAGAUAACACGCCGUUUGAAUUAGAAACAGUUGAAGAUCUUGAAAAAAGAACUAAAAGUUCACUUAAAGAAAAAGAUUUUAAACUUUUGAAUGAGGAAUACAUAGAUUAUAUUCAGAAAAACACACAAGAAUCAGAAACAAUAGAAGGUGUGAAAGAAUUAAGUAAAAAGUUUGUAUAUCUGUAUGCAAUGGCAGAGUCGCUGCCAGUAAGAAGGCCGUACUUGCCUGGUUAUCCUGCGUGGUAUAGGAAGCUUUGCACAAAACCUGGCAAAGAUCCUGAUUGGACUCCAGGCGCUAACAAUAUUACGACUAGUAUGCAGAUAACUCCAAAACUCCUCCGUCUAUCCUGGGAAGGGUAUCCUCUCCACUACAUUCAAGAAGAAGGGUGGGGCUUCCUGGUGCCCUUUAGCAGGACGCAGAAGGAGACAGAGGGAGAGCCCGUGUUGCCUCUAGAAGAACUGUUAGCGGCAUGUCCUAUGGCGUUUUGUAAGCAGAGUGACAUUGAAGCCAAUGUGCAUUUGUUACCAAAGACUGUUGAGGAGGAUUUAGGCAGAAGAGCGUACUAUGCUCGGAAGAAAUUCGACGAGCAAGCGGCGGCUAACCAGUACCAUGGUUUAGGCGUGUGGUGCGGCGUACAAAUACAAGGUUGCUGUCACUUCUUGCGACUACCGCACAAAGAUGGGCCGAAGUACAAAGUGGGGAAUCCCCUAGCAAAAGAUUUCCUGGAUAUGUUCAGUCAGAAUGUGUUGACUGCGCAAGGGAACGAGGCGGAAAAGGUGCUAACCUUCGGCCGUAUGAUGUCGUACUGGCGGAACAACCGCGAGCGAAUCAUGAGCCAGCAAGUAGUGUGGUUGCCACAAGAACUGCUACCGGCUCAACUGAGGGGCACGCGGCAGUACGGAGCCAUUGUGCCACAAGUGGUCGUGUGUGGGACGCUUACUAGAAGAGCGAGCGAGCCAACCUGGAUGACGGCGAGCAACGCGCAGGCGGAGCGCGUGGGCUCCGAGUUGCGUGCCAUGGUGCAGGCGCCGCCGGGGUACAAGUUUGUAGGCGCCGACGUCGAUUCGCAGGAACUCUGGAUAGCAGCGUUACUCGGGGACAGUUCGCUAGGCCUGUGCGGAGGGACCGCCUUCGGCUGGGCCGUGCUAGCCGGAGACAAGUCCACUAAGACCGACCUGCAUUCGCUGACCGCCGCCGCUGCCGCUAUCUCGCGCGACCACGCCAAGGUCAUCAACUACGCCAGAAUAUAUGGUGCCGGUCAGAACUUCGCCGAAAGACUGCUGAAGCAAUUCAACCCGACCAUGACGAUAUCGGAGGCGAAGAGCAAAGCGGCCAAAAUGUUCACCACCACCAAAGGCCGCCGCGUGUACUCGCUGAAGAAACAGUAUAUGGAGGGGUUCAUCUUGGAUGAAGAUGAGGAGUCCAAGGUGGUAGAAAUGGCGGGCUACCAAGCGACGCGUCUCGCGAAGAUGAGCGGCAAGCGCGUCGAGGACAUGUUCGAGCGGCCUAAGUGGGUCGGCGGCACCGAGUCCGACAUGUUCAACAAGCUGGAAGAAAUUGCUGAAUCAGAGGCGCCUUCGACGGCCUUCCUUAGCGGGCGGCUGUCGCGGGCGCUGGAACACGCGCACGGGCGCUGGGGCUCCACGCGCCUCAACUGGGCCGUGCAGAGCGCCGCCGCAGACUUCCUGCACCUCAUGCUGGCCAGCCUGGCGCACCUGGCGCCCCGGGCCAGGUUUUGCCUGAGUUUCCAUGACGAAGUACGAUACCUAGUCCCCGACGAACAUAAAUACGAGGCUGCGUUGGCUCUGCAAAUCACCAAUCUCCUCACAAGGGCGUUUUGUUCCCAGAGGGUAGGAAUAAACGACCUACCACUAUCUGUGGCGUUCUUCACAUCGGUUGAAGUGGACCAAGUAUUGCGGAAGGAAGCAACCCUGAGCUGCACCACGCCUUCAAACCCGCACGGGCUGGACAAGGGCUACGGGAUACCUGACGGAGAGUCGUUGAACAUAUUUGAAAUACUCGAUAAGUGUAAAAGUAAUAAAAAAGGUGAUUAAAAAAUAUCUUUU